AAAGUCAUAUGGACGAAAAAGGUCUGACGUAAUUGUCAUUCAUAUAUUUUUUUGCUAACCUAAAAUGUUUUAUCAAAUGACAUGAUUUUAACUAUUUUUACAAUAUUUACGAUAUUUUUUACAUAAUCGCGAAGCUAAAUCCCGAUUGAUACGAGUCCUAGCCGAUAUUUUCGAGUGAUUUCGCGACGCGUUUUCGAAGUUUUUUUUUUACAAACGUUGAACAUACGCCCCAAAGUUAAAUAUGCGUUGAGUCUGGGGUUAACAUGGACAACGACCCGAACCAUACUCAAACGGCGGGUCGAGAGACAGGACGAUGCAUGUCUGUGGCCGCCAUGCAGGCGCUGCACCGGCUAAGAGAGUGUCGGCUGCUGUGUGACGCCAUCGUGCGCGCGGACGACGGAGCCGCCUUCCCUGUGCAUCGCGCCAUACUCUCGGCCUGCAGUCCCUACUUCCUGGCUCUGUUUACGACGACCCUGCAUUCACGGGAGCAGAGCGAUGUUCUUAUAUCCGGUGUGCGCUCUGAGAUCUUGCUGCUGCUGAUAGAGUAUGCGUACCUGAGGCGUAUCGACGUGACCGAUACCAACGUGCAUGAGCUGCUGAUGACUGCCGACUACCUCGCCUUCCUCGGAGUGCUGCAGCUAUGCUGUGACCACCUCACCAGCUCGCUCAAUCCGAAGAACUGUCUCGGUAUCAUGAUGUUCGCCAGAAGAGUGUUUUGCUACAAAUUGGAAGCCGAAGCUAGAAGAUACUUGUUGCGAUACUUCGUCACCGUCACGACGCAGAGCGACGAGUUCCUCCACCUUCCAAUCGAGGAGCUGAACAGCAUCAUCCUCGAGGACGAGCUAAACGUGAAGAGCGAGGAGGCCGUGUGGGAAGCAGUACUGCGAUGGGUUAAUUACGAAGCGGACGCCCGCUGGCAGCACACAGUCAAACUUAUGGGCAGUAUACGACUUGGAUUACUUGAUACGCAGUUCUUCUUGGAGAACGUCAAAGAUCAUCCGUACGUGACCGGUAAUGAGAACUCUCGGCCCAUCAUCAUAGAGACCUUGAAGUUUCUAUAUGACCUGGAGAUGAUCGCCCAGAGAGAUGGUGAGGUCGCCACACCGGAGAUUGCUCGACCCAGAGUUCCACAUGAGGUACUUUUUGCUAUCGGCGGUUGGAGCGGUGGUUCGCCUACAGCUUUCAUUGAGACUUACGACACAAGAGCUGAUCGGUGGAUAAAGGUUGAGGAGGUGGACCCGGCAGGCCCUCGCGCUUACCACGGCACGGCUGUCCUCGGCAACUGCAUCUACGUGAUCGGUGGCUUCGAUGGAAUGGACUACUUCAACUCCUGUCGAUGCUUCGAUGCUGUUACCAAGAUGUGGCGUGAGGUUGCACCAAUGAAUGCUCGCCGCUGUUACGUGUCUGUGGCGGUGCUGGGGGAGACAAUCUACGCUAUGGGAGGUUACGACGGUCAUCACCGACAGAACACCGCCGAGAAAUUCAACCACAGGACCAAUCAGUGGUCCCUGGUUGCCCCCAUGAAUGCACAACGUUCAGAUGCGAGCGCGGCCGCCUUGGACAAUAAGAUAUACAUCACGGGUGGCUUCAACGGCCAGGAGUGUAUGAACAGCGUGGAGAUGUACGAUCCCGACACCAACCAGUGGACAAAUCUCGCGCCGAUGCGCUCUCGUAGAUCCGGCGUCUCUUGUAUAGCUUAUCACUCCAAGAUCUAUGUGAUUGGUGGUUUCAACGGCAUAUCGCGGAUGUGCAGCGGCGAGGUGUACGACCCAGCCACCAACAGCUGGUCGCCAGUUCCGGACAUGUACAACCCCAGGAGUAACUUCGCGAUCGAGGUCAUUGACGAUAUGAUCUUCGCGAUCGGCGGCUUCAAUGGCGUGACCACUAUAUACCACGUGGAGUGCUACGAUGAGAAGACGAAUGAGUGGUACGAAGCAACUGACAUGAACAUCUACCGCUCUGCACUGUCCGCCUGCGUCAUAAUGGGUCUGCCUAAUGUGUACGAUUACAUACACAAGCACAGGGAGCGGCUGAUGGAGGAGAAGAGACAAAAGAUUCUGUUGUCAGAGACUGCGCGACAUCCGCAUCAUCGCACUGCGUUGCCAGACGCGCACUUGAUGGAAGACAACGAUGAUAUGUUGGAGCAGCUCGGAUUGAUGGAGAACCACAACAACGAUGUAAUGAUACCACCUCCGCCGCCGCCACCGCAGCAUCCCUUGCAGCCGCAGCCAAUGGAACAGGACAGAAACUAACUGAGAUAGACUUCUGCGCCAUAGAAAAGGAGAAAAUCAUUUCCAAGAAUAUCUAGUGAAGUUGAUAAUUAAUAGAAAAAGAAACUCGUAGUACACCAGUAAAGUAUUCUGAUAAAAUUGUUUAGUAGCCGUCGCCGUCGUCCAAUAUUUUUAAAAUAUUUACAAUAGUUUGAGUACGCAGGCAAUUUUUGUGAUGGGUGAAUUUCAUACAAUUAAUUAUUUCUGUAUUUUUAAUAGUAUUUUUUGCAACGUGUAUCAAAUUUUUAGGAAGAAAUAUAUUCAAUAAAAAAAGA